UAAUAUAUUUUCAAAUAUUUCUUAAAACAAUAGAAAUCACACUUACAUAUAAAAACCCAAGGCUUUGUUUAAUUAUGAAAGCGCGCUAUUUAACAUAUUUCUCGUAUAUUGGUACAAGAUUUAGGUUUGUACAUUGAUGCUUAUUUAUUUAAUCUACUCAUUUUAUGUUAAGAUAAUUUUAUGCUGUAAUUUUGAGAUAGAUCAGCAGAAAAGUUAUGGAUAAGAAAUGGAAAACACUAUCCAGAUCCUGAGAGUGUGCAAGGUAUAAUGGAGAUAGCAUUGCACAAGCUGCAUCCUUGCAACUACCCUCAAGUUAUUCUUUCAAGUCGUACAGAUGGUGGAGUCCAUGCUCUCAACUCUAGUGCCCAUAUUGACCUAGAAAGGCCUGAUGAUAAAAUAUAUGCUAGUGAUUCUGUUGUGUCUACACUGAAUAAAUUUUUUUUCAAGAAUAAUAUAUCAAUAUUCAUAAAGGAUUUAAUAAGAGUUAAUGAUAACUUUAAUGCAAGACACAGCGCCCUGAGCAGGACAUAUUUAUACAGAUUAGCUGUAACAAAGCCUGGAAUAGACUUGCCAACACAAUCUAGUCUUUUGCAGCACAUACCAGUAGAAGAGUGGAAGAGGUGUUACUUCAUAAGGAGACGAGGUUUCGAUAUAGAGAGAUUAAAAGAGGGUGCCAAGUACUUUGUGGGAUAUCACGACUUUACCACAUUCAAGAAGUUCGACAAGUUGACGCAACACAAACACAACCGGCGCAUGGUGUACUCCAUAGACGUGAGGGAGAGUCAGCCCUGUGUCACCGGGUACAGCAGUUCGCAUCAGACCUGCAUGGAGUACUGGGAUAUUGAGAUUAGAGGACGCUCAUUCGUGCAUAACCAAAUUCGUCGAAUGGUCGGAACUCUUAUUGCCGUUGCUAAUGGUAAAAUAAGACCAGAAGACAUCAAACUGAUGCUACAAAUACCAUCCAAACAUUCGUGGCACUCUUUCAUUGAAGCUAUCCCUCCGGAUGGCCUGUACCUCUGUAAUGUUGAGUAUGACCCACAAGAUUUAAUAUACAAUCCUGAAAGACAUAAUAUAGAAAAAACUGUCAAUAAUGAGUUUAUUAAGUGA